GCGCUGACCAUGGAGGGAUAAAAAAGAGGCUGGCGGGGAGCUGAUCCUCAGUCUCCUGGACAGCUCCGCAAGACCCCAGCCAUGAGACUUCUCCUCCUGGCCCUGCUGGGCAUCUGCUGUCUCUCCGCAUGCACUGUGGACGGUGUGGGCAGUGAAGUCCCUGAGAGGAGCAUCUGUGUGAGCCUGUCCACGCAGCGGCUGCCCAUCAACAGGAUCAGGACCUACACCAUCAAGGAGGGCUCCGUGAGGGCCGUGAUUUUUAUUACCAAACGUGGCCUGAAAGUAUGUGCUAAUCCAGAAGCCGAGUGGGUGAAGUCAGCGGUCAAAAGCGUGGACAGCAGGUCCACCACCAAAAGGAGCAAGCUCCAGAGCAGCGCCACCAGGGCCCAGCCCACCAACACAGCCGGGACCCCGUCUAGGUAGUGGCCUCCCGGCUGCCGCCAGGCUCCCGACACAAGCUCAUGGACUAAUUAGGCUACGCUCACCUUGUACGCAAGUGCUGCUUGAAUAAAACCGUUUCCCUGGGUUUCUAUUUUAA